AAAAUAUAUUCGUGUGGUAACACAAUUCUUCGUGAAAUGUCAAAAUUCCAAUAGCUAAUGGAAAAGGAGGUUAUGCUGAAACUGUAUUUGUAAUUUAUUAUAAUAUAAUGCCGGUUACUCGAUUAGAAGUUUCACAGUAACAAGAAAAUACUGAAUACAACAAUAAUUUAUGCACCAAUAUAUACAAACCUACGAAAACAUUUGAUUUAUUGAUAAGAUUGGAAGAAUUAAACAGAAAAAAUAAUGUACGGAAGGCUUUUCAACCUGCGGACCGGCGUCAACCACCGCCUGGUGCAAUGCAGCAACAUGUACAGCAGUGGUAUUCUCAAAAAGAAAGAAACUGCCCUACGAUCUUUACAACCCGGCAAAACAGUCCAUGGUUUUGUACUCAAUGAAGUACAAGAAAUCAAAGAAUACAACAUGACAGCAUAUUUCCUAGCCCAUGAGAAGACAAAGACAGAAUACCUGCAUUUAGAAAGAGAUGAUCCCAAUAACGUGUUCUCUGUCGGGUUUCGAACCACUCCGUUGGAUUCCAUGGGAACUCCUCAUAUACUUGAACACACAGUUCUAUGUGGAUCGGAGAAGUAUCCGGUCCGAGAUCCAUUCUUUAAAAUGUUGAAUAGAUCACUGGCUACUUUCAUGAAUGCGUUAACUGGUCCAGACUACACAUUCUAUCCCUUCUCAUCACAAAACGAGGUUGAUUAUCAAAAUCUGCAGAAGGUAUACCUUGAUGCAGUUUUUAAACCUAACCUAUCCAGGUUAGACUUUUUACAAGAAGGUUGGAGGUUAGAACAUACAAAUGUAGAAGAUAAAAAGUCGGAUUUAACUUUCAAAGGUGUUGUGUACAAUGAAAUGAAAGGUGCUUUCUCAGAAACUAGUUCUUUGUUUGGACAAAAAUUCAUCAACACCAUUCUGCCACAAGGCACAUAUGGCUAUGUUUCUGGCGGUGACCCAUUAUGCAUUCCGCAACUCACACAUGACCAUUUAAGGAAUUUCCACUCUACGUACUACCACCCAAGUAAUGCGAGGAUUUAUUCAUAUGGAAACUUUCCUCUAGAAGCCAAUUUAAAGUUCGUCAAUGAAGCUUAUUUAGCCCAGUACGCAUAUUUGGACACAAAACACUCAAUAGUAGAUAAGCAACCUCGUUGGGAAGCCCCAAAAAGAAGUGAGAUAGCCUGCCGUUUUGACCAAUAUGGUGUCCCAAUUGAAAAACAAAAUCAAAUUGCAAUAGGCUAUGUGAUGUCUGAUAUCACAAGUAUUUAUGAGACAUUCAUGAUGAUGGCCAUGACUGAACUCAUGAUCAUUGGCCCAAAUUCAGCUUUCUACAAAAGUCUGAUUGAGAAAAAUAUCUCUGGAGGAUACAACUCGCUCACAGGAUAUGAUAAUCAAAUUAGAGACACAUUAUUUGUUGUCGGAUUACGAGAUGUCGAGAAGUCAAAGUUUGAAAUGGUAGAAUCUAUUGUCAAUAAAACUCUUCAAGAUAUUUACGUAAAAGGUUUUGAAAAAGAUCACAUACAGAGUGUUCUCCAUGGAUUUGAACUGUCUAUCAAACAUCAGUCUCCAAAAUUCGGGCUCAAUUUACUCUUCAAUCUAAUGCCAUUGUGGAUCCAUAAUGGUCCAAUCAUCAAUGCCCUAAAGGUCAACCAGCUCUUAGAUCAGCUCAAAACCAACUUGAUGGAACCCAAAUACGUAAAGGAAGUCAUUGAGAAAUACUUCCUUAACAACAACCACAAACUAACCAUGACAAUGGUACCAGAUCCAAAGUUCGACGACAGAUUUAAUACGGCGGAGGGGGCAUUAUUAAAAGAUAAAGUGAAAGCCUUGACUGAACAAGACAGAGAGAAGAUAUACAAUGAAGGCUUAGAGCUCUCUUCUGCUCAGAAGAAAGUACAGAAUCUAGAUAUUCUCCCAUGUUUGAAGCUUGAAGAUAUUCUUCUUACGAAAACUGCACCUCCCCUGCAGCAUUCUGUUGCUGCAACCAUCCCACUUCAGAUGUGCAUGGCCAAUACCAAUGGCGUCACUUAUUUCAAGGGAAUCGUAGGCACAGAUUGCUUGAAUGAUGAACAGAGGCAACUACUACCCUUCUUCGAAUACAUAGUCAAUAAGUUUGACACGAAAAAUUACAACUACAGAGACUUUGAUAAGUUCAUAAGUAAGUCCACUUCUGGGUUGGGCUUCCUAACUCACAUUACAGAACAUAUAGGUCAACCAGGACAAUACGAACAAGGUAUUGUAAUAAGCAGUCACUGUUUAGAUGAGAAUUUGCCAAAAAUGAUGGAUAUUUGGAGAGAGGUUUUUGCCAAACCGAAUUUCAGUAACAGUGAAAGAAUGAAAAUGCUUUUAACAAACUACUGCUCUGCUUUGAGUAACGGGAUUGUAGACAGCGGACACACGUACGCCAUGCAAGCCGCGCGGGGAUUGGUCACCUCAGUAGACGAGUGCAAAGAGAGUCUAAUGGGCCUCCAGCACAUAAUGAAAAUGCAAGAGAUAUUGAAGAAUAAGAAAAUUGAAGAUAUCCAAUCCGUAGUCGACGAGAUUGGCAGCAGAGUUUUAAAAGGAAACAACUUGAGGGCAGCUUUCCAUUACUGUAAUACCAACCAGGAUAUUCAGGCGAAUGUCGAGCAAUUCUGCAAUGAGCUGUGCAAGAAUGUCGAUAAUAAGGAAAUGAACAGGAUCAACUGGACGGAUGCUAAGAAGAUGCCGGAGGAGAACCGUGGUGUGCACAUUCAAAUGAACAUUCCUGUGAACUUCUGCGCUAAAGUUAUCCCCACGAUACCAUACACUGACCCGGACUACGCCAAACUUCGCGUGUUGUCCAGGUUCCUAACAUCGAAAUAUUUGCACCCGGUUGUGAGAGAGCAAAACGGAGCGUACGGUGGCGGUGCAAUGUUAACUCUAGAUGGAGUCUUCAACUUCUAUUCGUACAGAGAUCCUAAUUCAACCGUCACUCUAAACGUAUUCGAUGAGACAGCACAAUGGAUGUCUGAAAACACGGAUCUUGUUGAUGAACAGAAUCUCUUUGAAGCGAAAUUGUCAAUUUUGCAACAAAUGGACCAGCCUAUCGCGGAAUACAUGAAGGGCGUUGAUCUGUUCCUUUACGGGUUGUCCUACGAUAUUUGGAAGACUCAAAGAGAAAGAGUUUUAGCUGUGGAAAAGGAAGAUUUGAUUGAGGUGUGUCAAAAGUAUUUGGUCAGGGAUAAGUGGAGCGGCAAAUGCGUUAUUGGCGAAGGUGCCAAAGAUCUUAAAGCCGGUAAGGAAGCGUGGGAAAUCAUAAAUGGCCCUCAGCAAUAGAAUUGCAGCUUUUUAAAGAUAAAGUGACAAAUGUAGUGAUCUCUAGUUGACAUCUAGAGUUGUGUUUCGAUGAUAUUUUCGAAUGUGAAGACAUUAUUGUGUGCGGACCUGUGUAAAAGUGGUUCGAAGUUACUGAAGCGUACCAGUACCUAUUAUCUUGGAUAAUAUCGUUAAUUCGUUAGCCAUUUGUUUAUUUAUUACUGAGUAUCAUGUCGAGACUGUUAAUAAAUGUUAUUUUUAGUUAAAAUUGUUUGAUUUUUCUCUAUAUUUUAAUACAUUGAUUGCGACUGCUUGCAGAAUAAUUGCCAUUUUUUGUGGUAUAG